AUGUCUGAAAACUCAUAUCGUCGUAAAAAACAAUCACAAAAAGAUGCCGCCGAAGCCAGUAAUAAUAGUAUACUUUCUUACUUGACACCGCGAGCUCCAUUAUCAAAUAUAACAUUUCAGAAUAAUAACGACAACAACAAAAAUCUUUCUACCAGGGAAACUGUAACUGACAUUAACGAAUCACCUCCAAGGAAAAGAAUAAGACACGAUAAUUUCUUUACUCCUCAAACUCAAACUUCCCUUCCAAUACUACAACAUGAAAGAAAUUCAAUUAUCAACAAUAGUGACAAUAAUGAUAAAAUUGAAAAUAAAAUAACUUUUUUUACUAAAAAGACUGUUAAGCCAUAUAUGGGAUUGAAUGCAGUAAUAGCUUUAUAUAAUAGAGAGGUUUACGGAAAUCCAAGAGGUUAUCUUCAAGCAUCAAAAAAAUGGAAUUCAUCAACUCGUCACUUAAUGAAAGAUUUUUUAAACAACCAACAAGACGUAUUCAGGUUCACGGGAGAACAAGGAUUAGUUGCACCAUUUGCUUGUUCAUUUAAUAAUGUUGCUCGUGAAAAAAAGUAUCUAGCAGUAGCUGACGAGGAAGGAACAGUGGGAUUAAUUGACGCAAGAUAUGAUAAUACACUUGAAACCGAAUGUGCUAGAGUUGGAUUUCGUGCUCAUGAUAAUGCUAUUUUUGAUAUUAUGUGGAGCCAUGAUGAUAAGUCUUUGGUCACUGCCUCAGGUGAUCAAACAGCGUGUUUAUGGGAUGUAGAGUCUCAACAAUCUAAAGCAACGUUUUGUGGUCAUACAUGUAGUAUUAAAUCUAUCAGCUAUAGUGCUUUGGAUCCAUAUUUAUGGUCAACUGCUUCUAGAGAUGGUAAUAUAUUUAUUUGGGACAUAAGAACUGUAGGGCUUCAAAAAUCCGAAACAAUGUUAUAUAAUCCAGCAAUGAGUAUACUAUUUGCACAUUCGCCAGAAUCUUUUAGAAAAAAAAGAAAAACAUAUCCAUUUCCUGUAAGAAGUAAGCCAACAAGUAGUGUUACUGGCGCACAAUUUUUAAAACAUGAUGAAAAUCUAUUGGCAUCUUCAGGGGCACUUGACAACAUUAUAAAAUAUUGGGACUUGAGAAAACUUUCUAAUCUAAGACAUGCAAAUCCAGUUCAAGUAUCCAUUAGCGGAGCUACAGCAAGACGCCCUCAUGGCAUAUCAACUUUAUUAAUAAAUAAUGAUGGAUCAAGAUUAUAUGCAAAUAGUACUGAUAAUUAUGUUUAUAUGUAUGAUGCACUGAAUUUAGGUGCACCAUUAACUCGAUUCACCGCUCCAGAUUUUCGAUGUUCAUCAUUUUAUGUUAGAAUGGCAAUAUCACCUGAUGAUCAAUAUAUUGCUUGUGGAUCAACUGAUAAGAAUAUUUAUAUAUGGGAGGUUGAUUAUCCUGAUGUAAGUCCAAUUGUAUUAAAGGGUCAUGAAAAUGAAGUUACAAGUUUAAGUUGGUCGAAAAACUUUGAUACGGUAAGACCCAGCAUGUUUGCUGUUUGUUAUGCAAUGUUGAAAAAUCAAUUAUGUGAAUAUGGUUAUACACAAUUAGCUAAAGAUAUUGCAAAAGAAACAGAUAGUCAAACCGAUUUGACACCUAGUUCUAAAUUAUCAGAAUUACUUUACAUUGUAAAAUUACAAGAUGAAGAAAAUGAUGAAGAAGAAAUGAAACCAUGUGAACCACCAAUUGAUGACGAGCCUGAUAGUAGUAGCAGUGCUACUGAAGAUGGAAAAACUGAAAUUUGUAUGAAAACAGGAAAAUAUGCUGCAACUGGAUCUGUUGAUGCCUCACUUAAAGUUUUAGACACAUCUAAAAUGAAUAGUCGCUCUGACGAAGAUAGGCCAGUCAUAAGAACAUUAUAUGAUCAUCUUGGUCCUGUUAAUGAUUUAUCUUUUCAUCCAAAUGGGUUGGUACUUGCUUCUUGUUCUGACGAUCAAAGCAUUAAACUGUUUGAUUUAUCAAAACCAGGAGUUAAACGCUCAUUCAGAUAUUUACAGGAUACACAUAUAGUAAAAUCCAUAGCUUUUCAUCCUUCAGGAGAUUAUAUAUUAGCAGGAACUGAUAAUGAAUCUGUAAGAGUUUACGAUGUGAAAAAAUUUCAAUGUUUUACAGCAUCCACUUCGCCUUCUGAUAUUCAUAAGGAUGGAAUAACAAAGGUUAGAUUUUCUUCUAAUGGAUCCCAAUUUGUUACAUCUUCGCUUGAUGGCAGUAUAAAAAUAUGGGAUACAAUAAGUGGAAGGUGUAUAAAAACUAUUGAAAAUGCUCAUGAUGAUACACCAGUAUCAAAUGCAAAAUUCUCUAAAACUGGAAAAUUUAUACUUUCUGGUGGAAAAGAUUCAACUGCUAGAUUAUGGGAUGCAAAUACUGGGAAGUUGAUUCUAAAAUAUGAAGGUGCUAACCAAUCAUUACAAACAACCUUUACAUAUAAUGAAGAUUAUAUUCUUGGUAGUGAUGAAGUAAAUUAUAAUAUUAUUUGUUGGGACUCACGUACGAGUCUUAUACUUAAAAAAUUGGGAGGGCACACAAAUAUUGUAAGAUGUAUUGCAGCUUCACCAACUGAACCUGGUUUUAUUAGUUGCGGGUAG